ACCUUUCUUUGUUUUCUCACACUCCCCUCCUCGUUCCUCUCCUUCUUUUGUUUCUUCAACACGAUACGAGCCAGCGACUCGUUGACGGACACUGCAUUCACAUCAUAUAUCCAGGGAACCUCAAUAUGUCCAACCUGCCAUCAUUACAUUCCUUAGGCUCCGCAGGAAUUGCCAGGCCACAACACGGGUUCCCUCCAGAGAUCUGGACAAGUAUCAUUCAGCACCUUUCUCUAACCGACCACUUCAGCCUAUACAACACCUCAAAGUUUCUCAGGGCACUCUCCAUCCCUUUUCUCAUCCAAUCAAUCGCCUCAAAAUCCGUCCGUCUGUUCCUGUAUCAGGAAUACGUUUGUCGAACAGGCGUCACAUUUGUUUUUGACCAUUUCGAUAUGAACAGGGACAGGGUCGUGUUCAAGCCCCAGCUUGGCAGUCAAACCAUUGCCUUCCGAAGUGGUAUCGCAAUCCAGCGUCCACAGCUCGAAGAAAUCUCGGUCAGGUCACGAGGAUCUCGAUUUCAGGAACGGCAGAUUCAUUGUACCGAGGACGGGAUCAUCACUGUGGGCAAGGAAGGCACGAAAUCGUAUUCUGGAGUGAAGAGUGGUCAACCGGAUGCGCCAACCUCUAUGAAAUCAGCUGAGAGACAUCCUGGACAUCUUGUACGCCAUGCAGAGAGCGGAUUUGCGUCGUUGAAUUAUCUGGACAGAGUCUGCCCGCUCAGCAUCAAGAGGCACGGUUCGCAGAUCUUACGGGGUGCACAACAUUCGUUCGGCCGCAAUUACCACUGGGCGCUGCACUACUCAAUCGAUGACCAAAAUUCUAAAUUAGUCAAGUCGAGUAGGUCCAACAACAAUAGUUUUAGCAGGGAUCACCGCUCUCUUUCUGCCUCGACAAUGAACGAUGUCACCAAGACUUAUACACGAGGAAAUCGUCAUGUGCACGCAAUUCGGUUCGAGUGCAGUAUCAACUUUCUGGAUCCCAGAAGGGCUAGUCGAAGUGUUCUUCGGCGAUGGCUCGAGGGCAAGAUGAGCCAGCUUCUGCAAAUCGUUCGAAUGCGACAGACAACGGCGACUUUGGCCAGGAAGGAGAACGUUCGGAAUGUCGAUCAGCGAGCGAAUGCAUCUUAUCAAUCAAGUCCUGUCCCUGUAGUUCGUGUUGGUGCCUGAAAAAAAAAAAAAAAAGAAUAAAAUAAACAAAGAGGAAGGA